AUGUCAACUACCUUUCCAGGUCUCGUCCACGAUGCAGAGAUACGUCAUGACGGAUCAAACAGUUACCGUUUGAUGCAGCUUGGAUGCCUGGAGUCUGUGGCCAACUCGACCGUCGCCUAUUCCUCCUCGUCUCCUCUCACUUACUCUACCACGGGCACCGAGUUCGCCUCCCCGUACUUCUCCACUAACCACCAGUACACCCCACUGCAUCACCAGUCCUUCCACUACGAGUUCCAACACAGCCACCCGGCAGUCAACCCCGACGCUUACUCCUUGAACUCUCUCCACCACUCCCAGCAAUACUACCAGCAGAUCCACCAUGGGGAACCCACUGAUUUUAUCAACCUGCACAAUGCGCGGGCGCUCAAGUCCUCUUGCUUGGACGAGCAGAGGAGAGAGCUGGGGUGCUUAGAUGCUUACCGCCGCCACGACCUGUCUCUUAUGAGCCAUGGGUCCCAAUAUGGGAUGCAUCCAGAUCAAAGACUCCUGCCAGGACCAAGCCUCGGGCUUGCAGCCUCGGGAGCAGACGAUUUGCAGAGCUCAGUGGAGGCCCAAUGUGGACUUGUACUGAACGGGCAAGGAGGUGUGAUAAGAAGAGGUGGAACAUGCGUUGUUAACCCCACCGACUUGUUCUGUUCUGUACCUGGUCGCUUAUCUCUACUCAGCUCCACUUCAAAGUACAAAGUGACCAUUGCAGAAGUGAAGAGGCGCCUUUCACCACCAGAAUGCCUCAAUGCUUCCCUCUUAGGAGGCAUUUUAAGAAGAGCAAAAUCUAAGAAUGGAGGACGCUGCUUGAGAGAAAAAUUAGACAGACUGGGACUGAAUUUGCCUGCAGGAAGAAGAAAAGCAGCAAAUGUCACACUCUUGACUUCCUUGGUAGAAGGGGAAGCAUUACAUUUGGCUAGAGAUUUCGGCUACACCUGUGAAACAGAGUUCCCUGCCAAGGCAGUGGGAGAGCACAUUGCCAGACAGCACAUGGAACAGAAAGAGCAGACAGCAAGGAAAAAGAUGAUCUUAGCAACAAAACAAAUAUGUAAAGAAUUCCAAGAUCUUCUGAGUCAAGACAGAUCACCCCUUGGAUCCUCCAGACCGACUCCAAUACUAGACCUCGACAUCCAGAGACAUUUAACACAUUUCAGUUUGAUCACUCAUGGUUUUGGAACUCCUGCAAUAUGUGCUGCCCUAAGCACUUUCCAAACUGUUCUCAGUGAAAUGCUGAACUACUUGGAAAAGCACACAUCGCACAAAAAUGGAGGAGCGGCAGAAUCUGGCCAAGGACACGCCAACUCGGAGAAAGCCCCCCUGCGGAAAACUUCAGAGGCUGCUGUGAAAGAGGGCAAAACAGAAAAGACAGACUAG